UGUGACUCCGAAGGCAUGUAGUCUGACCGUCUGACGCUGCUGUGAACCGUGAAACGGUUGGAGUUUGUAUGGAAACAAACGGCUGCCGUUCAUUAACAAGGAGAGCUUUUAAUUUUGAAGCUUUUUUUAUUUAGACUGCUGAACAAGACGGAUUGUUCGGGUUUUUGUCAGAGAGCAUCUUCACAAAGAAUACGAACCGAGACCUACUCUUUAGUGUAACGUUAUUCACAGCGAUCCUUUCUAUUAUGUGUAUAUGACGGUUUAUUUAACGCGUAUUUUAGACUCGUAUCGAAUGAGCUAGCCAUUCAUAGCGAUAAUAAAAUGUCUGAGAAGAUGUCAGAGAAGAGAUACUCCAGCAUGGAUGAGUCCUCGCUCCGCAAUCUGCUUGAUAAAACAAUCGACAUAGACGAGCGGCGUCUGAUCCGGACAGCGAUUCGGGAGCUGCGGCGCUGUGAGAUUGAGGAAAUGGAGGCAGCGCUAACCAGUAAGCGGUUCAGACGUGCCCACCAACACAGACAUGAGGAUAAAGAAAACCAGUGCUGUCCUGAUUUGACAGCUUCUUUAGACAUGCUAUCAGGGAAGAUUCAGGCUAUUCAUGACAUUGAAGAACUUACUGGACUGUUGCAAAGCACCAGUGAAUAUGAAGAGAGAAAACUCAUUCGUGCAGCCAUUCGCCGGCUGAGAGAUGAGGAGAUACGAGGAGCAUUAGAGAAGGUUCAGACCGCUGGCCAAAGAACAGAGCGACGACAAAAUCCUCAAAGCAGCUUUGACCUACAGGGCGGGCAGGAUAACAUCAAGACAGAAGCACUCAUCAGCCAAUCAGAGAGAAUUGAGAACCACAGAGAAGGCUCGAACCCUGACAUGGUUUUAGUACUAGAUCCUUUGGUCAGAGAGAAAGUCUCUUGCCCUCUGACCCAGCGGAUUCAAUGUGAUCAUGGCUCGCCCUCCUCAGAAGUCAUUCCAUCAUACCGGGAGCGUUCGGACUCCGGAGGGUCGAGUGACAGCCACAGCUCUCAUCAGAGAACGAGGCUGAACUCCAGCGCUUCGGACCGCAGUCAUGAAUCCCUGUCUACUGCUGAAGAUCAUCUGAGGGACCAAAGAUCACUGUCAGGACCAGCUGGGGAGGAAGUGAGAGCGGGCGCAUCUCUUUCUGGUGUGAAUUCAGAGGCUCCGCAGAUGGAUCGAGAGCUGAAGAAACUUGACAAUGGCGUGGAGACGACUCAUUUAAGGAGCACAACAAGUUCACAAGAAUUCACACUGAAUAUGAGUAGUAAAAGGCCUGAAGACAUCUCCGGACAGAAGGUUACAUCAGGUAGAGACGCUCUCUUGACUUCUCUUCCUAACGGCAAGGAUACAGAUUUUAAAAACAAAGCCUCAUACUCUGAGCCCCUCAUUCGUGCAAACUCUGUUCGUGACAGGAUGCGCAAGUUUGCAGAACCUGUUACGAAUGUACCUAGAAGCGGCCACAGUUCUUCUCAUUCUACAAACACAGUGUCUGCAGAGAGGUCCCGGGACACCCCGUCCUGCUCUCCCUCCAUCCCAGAGAAAGAGAGGAAUGCCACUGAGAACAUGCUAGCCCAGCCCAAGCAUUUCUCCAACCAAUCACAUAACGCAGUGGGUGGCUCACACGGUCGCACUGAAAAUGUCAGGCGUGCGUGUAGCGAUUCAGAAGAAGUGCAGACUCCUGAGGGAGAAGCAUCUUCAGGGACCCACGAUACCUGGGGUGAACCCGAGUCCAACAUGAAGACCUUCCUCAGCAUUGAGAUCAAAGAUGGACGAAAUCCAACGUCACAUUCUUCAUUGUCAUCGUCCUCUACAGCUGUAAACAUGACCCCUCGAAUCAUCACAUCUGCUGCUCCAAAGAGAACAGAGCUGACUCUUGGUUUAAGAGCGACACCGUUCAAAGUUACCAGCUCAAGUCUCUCAUCUGGAUCCUCUGUUAAGAUGGAGACGGAGCCCAUUUCUCUUGUGGGUGAAUCUGUGAGUGAGAUGGCUCAUGAAGUCCCUGUGCUUCCCAAUGGCUCAUCCAUGACCUCCAUCAAAAGUGAGGUACAAAGUGAGAAGCUGACCACAGAGAAGCUGCAGGACAUUGAGGACGAGGAGAUCCUGGACAAAAUGCUUGAUGAUUGCAAAGAUUUUGAAGAAAGGAAAAUGAUCAGGACUGCAAUGAGAGAACUGCGAAAGAAAAAGCGAGAGGCUAAGCUGGGAUGCUCACAGGAGGAAAUGGACCAGAGAGAGAAGGAGAGAGAUCUGCGUCUGCAGGAGCUCAGACAGCAGCGGGAGGAGAGAUCCCAGAAAGCCCGGGUGGGUGCAGGCACCAGUGAAGUGGUGAUGAAGAAGGUUGAGCGAUCCAAAGAUGGCUCCACUAUCAGCCAGAUCACCAAUCGUGUUUCCCAUUCAGAUGAUAGCGGCAGGACGUCCCGCAGCACUAUCAUGGAAUCCAGCUAUGUUCAAAAGACAGACAAGGGCUCAAUGCAAACAAAAUCCUACAGUUAUUCCAGCACUACAUCCACUAGGAAGGUUGGAAGUGUUUUUGACCGUGAGGACAACACGUCUCGCAGCUCAAGUAGAACAUCAGCUCUUGAGCGCAGACAGGCUGAGAGAUCAGAGCUGAUGAGGGCGCAGACAUUACCCAAGACAUCUGCCGCACAGGCACGAAAAGCCAUGAUAGAGAAGCUUGAGAACACUGGAGGCUCUGGAGGCAACUCUGCAAUUACUCAAGUAAACAAGGUGCAGCGCUCCACAAGCUUCGGUGUCCCCAACGCAAACUCCAUCAAACAGAUGCUGCUGGACUGGUGCAGAUCCAAGACCCGUUCCUAUGAGAAUGUGGACAUCCAGAACUUCUCCUCUAGCUGGAGUGACGGGAUGGCGUUCUGUGCUCUGGUGCAUAACUUCUUUCCAGAGGCCUUCGACUACUCCAGCCUCAGUCCCAGCAACCGCAGACAGAACUUCGAGGUGGCCUUCAGCACAGCAGAGAAGCUGGCAGACUGUCCGCAGCUUUUGGAUGUGGAGGAUAUGGUGCGGAUGCGGGAGCCGGACUGGAAGUGCGUGUACACGUACCUCCAGGAGUUCUACAGGGGAUUGGUGCAGAAGGGCUUGGUCAAAACCAAAAACUCCUCCUAGGGUCAAAACUCAGAGCAAACGGGCCUAUGCUAACUGCAUGCCCCUGCUGGAGGUUGAGGACAUGAUGAUAAUGGGUAAGAAACCAGACUCCAAGUGUGUCUUCACGUACGUGCAGUCGCUGGUUAACCAUCUACGCAAGCAUGAGAUGAUGAUGGCCCGGGCUCAGCGGAGCACUGACUUCUGAUGCUCAACACUGACGCUUUAAAAUGUUUUAUAAAAACCAUUCUUGUCCUGUUACAUUUCAACGGUAAAAACUGUGUUUACUUUCCAGACAGAUCCAAACAAUUCCCUCUGUAACAGAUCUUUUUAUGAAAGAAAAAGUUUUUUACAGUAGUUUUAAACAAACAGUAGUUUGAUCCAAAAAAGGUAAAUGUACCAAAAUGUUUUAUUGAUGGUAAAUCGCAAGUUAGAUUUAGUACACUUCCUAGCCACGUGUUUAUGUCUACUACUAGAUAUGUGUUAAAAACGAAACAUUAUUUUAUGUUGAUUGCCCAUAUCUAUGGUUUUAAAUGCUUUUAAACCUGUUCCACGGUACUGUUGCUGUUAAUGGAGCUCAGUCCUGCAUGCUUUUCACAAGUUUACUUGAAGUUUUAGUUCUGUUUUAAAAAAAAAAAAAAAAAAAAAAGUUAUAUUUUCAUCUGUAUACGAUAUUGUGUUUAUUUAAAAAUGUUGCAAGAACAUUACUCUCACUGCUUGUUAUGGCUUCAGCCAUUUAGUGCGAGAUGCAGCUCAUCAACUGUUUUGAAACGUGUUUUUCACUCAGCUAAUUAUUGAUAUUUUUAACUGAACGUUUGGUUUUACACUGAACACAGACCGUUUGGAUUCGUUUCUCCAGAGGUGUCAGACAUUAGCCUUGUUCCUCGUAGUCAGAAGGAAGUGAUAUAAAAUACACAAACCAUAGCUGCAUGCAUGUAUAGAUGCACUUAUGGAUGAUCCGUAUUUACGGAUGAGUAUAUUUUAGAUUUGUUCAUAUUCCUGAACUUUAUUUGGAAGCAAUGACGUUUAUCCCUAAAACAUAAAGCUGUCUCGCAGGGUCUGUUUUUGUACAUCUUUACAACACGGCUCUCAGCCAAUAAAGAAGUGUAAUUUAAACAGUGUAUAUAUGAGUAACCCUAGAUGAGUCAAUUUGAGAAUAAUAAUAAUGUAUUAGUAGUAAAUUAAUCUGAAAAGGUCAAUAAUGUUUAUAUAUUUGGUUCUAAAGAUGGAUUUAGAUUUAAUUGUUUUAAUGACUGCACAUAAUUUAAUAACAAAAACAUGGACUUUUGAAGACGAGAAACAGAACUACUGCAGCAACCAUGACUUCGCUUGGUACUUGAAGGUUGCACGAGGAGGUCAAAUUAGCAUUAAUUCACAAUCAAAGGUGAACGUAAUUGUUUGUACACACUCAUUCAAAAACUACUGUUCACUCAGUAUUUCCCUACACUAUGGUUUCUUAUAGUAAUCAUUAAAAACAUAAAUGAUACCAAAAAA